UUAGGUUUUUGUGUAGUUUUGAUAGAUUUUUGUUAAGGUGAUUGGUUAGGAUUGUGAUUUGGUUGUAUAAUAGAUUGCCUUUAGGGUCUUCGUUAAUACCGAUCGUUAUGAACUAGAUUACAUUCUUGAGUUGCUCAUGUGUAGGGCUCUUGAGUUACUGUUUAAUAAAGGUUUUGCUCUUAUGGUUGAUCCUGUUGUGUUUUAGUUGGAUUCUUUUUUUAUUACUCUUGACGUUGCUAAGAUUCUGCUAAUGCUGUUUGAGAGUUAUGGGUUCACUGUUGUUCUCCCUCGAAUUUUGAUGAGUUGCAUUUUCCAGUUUUAUUUGAAGAUAUGUGAUCUUGUGUUCAAAGAUGCAAUUUCAUUGUUUGCAUCUGAGCUUUCUCAUAUGAAUUUUAUUUAUUUGUGUUUAAGUGUAGUAACCAGGGGAAGAUGGAGGGAGAUGGCGGAGAUCCUUUCAACGUUGAUUCUCCUUUCGGUGGAUCUGGUGGCCCGAACACUGGUCCCCCGAGUCAGAUGUCUAAUGUUUUUGGAGGAGACUCUUUUGAUGGUUUUGGUGCCCCUAACAAUGAACCUCCGAGUGAGAUGUCUAAUGUUUUAGGAGGAGACUCUUUUGGUGGAUCUAAUGGUGAUCCAUUUGGUGGCUCUUUUGGUGGAUCUAAUGGUGAUCCGUUUGCUGACCCUUUGUUCACCCAUCCUUUUGGUGGUAACAUGUUUCAGCCCAGCCUGUUUGGUCCUCCUACCAUGGACCCUUUUGCAGGAGUGCGUCCUCCUCCAUUAGGGUUUAUCGAGAAUCAUCAUCACCAGACACCACAACCGAGACUACCAGGUGGACCAGUUAUUGAAGAGAUCAAUGUUUUAGAUGCUGAGGAAGAAGGAGAAGCAUAUCAAGAGAAGAGAGUAAUCCUAGGGAAACGUGGCAGGUCAAGCAGUGAAGUGGAAACUGAAGAGGCUAUAGCUGAAGAGAGAAGGAUCACACACAUGCAAAACAUGAAUGCAAAUGCUAUGGUGGACAAUGGACAAUGGCAACAACAAACUCAAGAGAGAAGGAUCAGACACAGGGAAAACAUGAAUGAAUAUGCUAUGGUGGACAAUGAACAAUGGCAGCCACAAACUCAAGGUUAUUGUUUCUAUGGGAGGAUAUUGUUUUGUUUUUAUGUAACUUGAAUCUUAGCAACGUCAAGAGUAAUAAAAAAAGAAUCCAACUAAAACACAACAGGAUCAACCAUAAGAGCAAAACCUUUAUUAAACAGUAACUCAAGAGCCCUACACAUGAGCAACUCAAGAAUGUAAUCUAGUUCAUAACGAUCGGUAUUAACGAAGACCCUAAAGGCAAUCUAUUAUACAACCAAAUCACAA